GAGCUCAGCGGGGUGUGUGUGUGUGUGUGUGUGUGUUAGUUAGCAGGUUAGCAGCAGCAUGGCGGCGGAAGGAGAGAGAGAAGGAGAGCGAGAGGUGGAAGGAGAGGAGGCCACGGUGUCCCUGGUGGAUGUUCUGGAGGAGGAUGAGGAGCUGGAGCAGGAGGCCUCGGCGGUGCUCGGAGGCAGCGACUCGGAGAAGUGCUCAUACCCAGAGGGGUAUGUGAAGCGUCAAGCUCUGUACGCGUGUAACACCUGCACGCCGAAGGGAGGAGAACCAGCAGGAAUCUGUCUCGCCUGUUCAUACAAGUGUCAUGAAGGCCAUGAACUGUUUGAGCUCUACACCAAGAGGAAUUUCCGGUGUGACUGUGGGAAUGAGAAGUUUGGAGAGACGGAGUGCAGGCUGUUCCCGGACAAAGAGAAGACGAACUGCGGGAAUAAAUACAGUCACAAUUUCUUCGGGCUGUACUGCACGUGUGAGAGACCGUACCCCGACCCAGAGGACGAGGUUGCGGAUGAGAUGAUCCAGUGUGUGGUGUGUGAGGACUGGCUGCACGGCCGGCACUUGGGCUGUGUGGUCCCGGAGUGUGUGGAGCUUCAGGAGAUGAUCUGUGAGUCGUGUAUGAAUCAGUGUGUGUUCCUGUGGAUCUACGCUGCUCACCUGGCAGUGCCUCCGACAGUGAGAGUGUGUAAAGAAGAAGAGGGCAGUGUGAGAGUGGAGGUGGAGCACGAUGAAGAGGGGAAUAAAACAGAAGUGAAGAGCUCGCUGAAUGAGAAGCAGGCGGAGGUGAACGGGACGGCCGGCUGCAAGAGGAAGCUGCAGGAGCUGGAGGCUGAAGGUUCAGGCUGCAGGUUUGAGGAGAUGAAGUCGUCGGGGAAGAGCCGGGUUCAGCAGGGAGCGGUGUUCUGGCCCGCAGCAUGGCGCAAUAAACUCUGUUCCUGUCCACACUGUAAGAGUGUGUUUGCAGAGGGCGGAGUGUCCUUCCUGUUGGACGAGACGGACACGGUGCUCGCCUACGAGAACAAGGGAAAAACCACGGAGCAGGCGAACGGGGGCGAGGCUCGAGACCCGCUCAUGUCUGCACUCAACAACCUGAACCGUGUUCAGCAGCUCGAGAUCAUUCACGAGUAUAACGACAUGAAGACGGAGCUGAAGGAUUACUUACAGAGAUUCGCAGCAGAGGGAAAGGUGGUGACCCCAGAAGACAUCCGUCACUUCUUCGAACAGCAGCAGAGCCGUAAGAGACGGAGAGCCGACGCCGGUCAGUACUACUGCAGCUGAGUCCUCAUUCAACUCCAGCCCUUGCCCUCCACCACAGUCAUGCUCCUUUUGUAAUAAAUAAAUAUGCAGCCAUGAAUCGAGAAGCCAUGGAGUUGGUUUUGAGAUCAGCAGUCUGGUGAGGUUCUUCCCAAAGAUUCAUUAAUAAAUGACGUGGACGUACUACAGGACCGAAACCACGCUAAUCUCCUGGGCUAACCUCUGUUCACACCUUUUUAGAUUUUUUUUUUUGUUUCCUGCUUCAUGAUUGAUUAAUUAGAAUCAUGUCCCGAAUGGCCGCUCCUGUUUGUUUUUUGCCAGUUCAUAUAACCGUCUUGCUUUUAUUAAUCACUGUUUUAUCUGUACUUUAGACCUUGUGUUACUUUGUAAAUGUAUCUUUGAGAAAUUAAACGUAUUAAUACUUUGAA